AAAAGUAUUUUGUUUGUAUUCUUCAAACAAAUAUACAGCCUUUUAAGAAAUGGCUUGCUGUAGAAUUAACUUUAGUAAGCGAGGAAGAAGCUUCUUAGCUUUUAUUUUGAAAUUACUUUGUUUCAUUGAAAUAAUAAUUGGGACAAUAUUCAUUACAUUGUCCUGUGGUGGCGUUACUAUUUUGUUACAAAACAUGGUUUUCGAGAAAAGGGAAAUGCAGUUUGCAUUUGUUGUAAUGAUAUUUAUUGGAAUUCAUGUAAUAAUUCAUAACACAAUAGGAUUCAAGAUUAUUACUUGUUGUUAUAAAAAAGCAGAAAGGAAAAGCACUCGAACUGCAUUACAAAUGUGGAUUAUUUUGGGAAUCAACGUCGUACUGCAUAUAACUGUUGUUGCUAUUUUGACGUUUAGAAUGUUAUCGUAUGUGUUCGAUUCUCUAAAAUUAUCAUUGGAAAAGGGUAUUAAAGAAUAUUUGAGUAAUCCUUAUUGGAGAGGCAAAAUGGAUAAACUACAAGUAAAUAUGCAGUGCUGUGGUAUUAGCAGUUAUCUUGACUGGCACACGUCCACAUGGAUUCUACACUACAAUGCUUUGUACGAUUCAAACCUUUCAAUAAGCUUAAAACAGCCGGAGGGGCUUUUUGAUGUACCAGUUGUUCCUUGGAGUUGCUGUAAAAUAGAUUUUCCUAUGCAAUGUUUUCACGACCCCCUUCAGCAAACUCUUUCUCGUCACUUAUGGGAACAGAAAAACGAAGUAAUCCUGGAGAGUAUAAAUACCAUCGGUUGUUUAGAAAUAAUUCAAAAGCCAACAAAAUCAAUAACAGUAAUGUUACUUAUAUUUGGAUUAUCUGCAGCUAUAGUUCAAGUUACAAUUAUAAUUACUGCUAGACUUCUCUACACGUCUUGUCGGAAUUUGAAGCUGCAAGACAAUAAGGAUGGAACUGCACCAGGUUGGAUAAUAGGUCCAGGAGAUCUAAAGUCUUCCUGA